UGCUUCUUGGAUUGCAUUGGUUGAGGUAAAACACUCGUGAUUGGACAACGGUUGGUAUUAAUUAAUAGCUCUGCUGUUUUAAUUGCCACCGAAGACGAAUCGAAUGAUUCAAUUGAGUCGAAUCGAAUCGAAUCGAAUCGAAUCAUUCUUCGCCUCAAUCUGAUCUGUCCGAUCCAACGGUUUCCUUUGCAAAGAUCCAGCACACUGGUCCACGACGAGAACAACAAAAGACCACAACACUUUAGUCAAGAUAACAGAAGAAGAAGAAGAAGAAGAAGAUGUCUCAUCAGAAGAAAACCUUAAAGAUUGUGAUUCUGGGUGAUUCGGGAGUGGGAAAGACAUCCCUGAUGAAUCGCUACAGCAGUGGAAAAUUCACGGGUCAAUACAAGGCAACGAUUGGCGCCGAUUUUUUGUCUCGUGAGAUUUUUGUGAGUGAUCAAUUUGGUGUCCGACGCCAAGUGACACUUCAAAUUUGGGAUACGGCCGGUCAAGAGCGAUUUCAAUCGUUGGGAAAUUCCUUUUAUCGCGGCAGUGACGCCUGUUUGUUGGUGUACGACAUUACCGAUCCGCAUUCCCUCGAUAAUCUGGAUCAUUGGCGUCGUGAAUUUCUGCAGCAUGUGGGUGGAAAUAGUCUGGGAGAUAUCGACACGACAUUGGGUCAAUCCAGUUUUCCAUUUGUCGUGGUGGGAAAUAAAAUGGACAAACAAGCCGAUCGACUCGUGCCACUCGACCGUGCGGAAGAAUGGUGUCGACGAGCUGCUGGAAAUUUUGCCAUGGGCAUGGCCCGUCCUUUGGCACAUUUCGAAUCCUCCGCCAAAACGGCCAUUAAUGUAGAAGAAGCAUUCCAAGAAGCUGCACGACUCGCACUGCAGUACGAAGCCUACAAGCAACGGUCUACUCCACAAUUGUUCAUUCCACCCGCACAACCACCCAUUGAUUUACGAUAUCAAACUUCCAACAUGAAUCAUAACUCGACCCGAAGUACCUCGGAUAGUUGUUGUUGACCACAAUACACCACCACCAGUGAAGAAUACAAUACAAUCCACUACUAUCAUCGUCUAGCCAUAUUAUGUUGGCCAAUUCAAGCAAUGCUGUGGAUCGUUGCAGAACUUUUCAAUAAUGGUGACCAAACACCACUUUUUGUAAUGACAUGGGGGAGUAAUAAGUUUAGUUACUGUUUUGGUGGCACCGUAAUUUACUAAGCAGACAAAAAUUGCUGGAAUC